AUGGACGCUUCUAGAACCAGAUUGCUAGUGACAGUGUCUGUCUACCCCGUAGCAGACAACAGUGCUUUACCCAGAGCUGUCAGUAGAGGAGAGAAUCAGGAAUUGCCUGCUCCCCAGUUUGCACCUUCACCUCAGAGACCACACAAUUCAAUUCCUUCAAUAAACCAGAAUUGGGAAGAAUAUCGGCUUCAGUGUUUGAAGUAUCUUCAUGAAACACCUCCUCUUGUGACCGAAGGCAAGUUCUGCAACAGGACAUUUGAUGGAUCUGUAUGUUGGCCUGAUGGUGUCCCUGGCACCUAUGUGAAUAUGAGCUGCCCUUGGUAUAUCCCAUCAGCUCGCUCAGGGCAAGUUUACCGCUUCUGCACACUUGAAGGCACAUGGCAACUGGAGGAGAAUUCCACUGAUGCCUUGAAAAAGCUUUCUGGGUGCAUGACUCUCAAUGAAGAUGAAUCAGGAGGACAGCUCCUAUUCCUGUCUAUCAUCUACACCACUGGAUAUGCUCUUUCCUUCUCUGCCCUUGUCAUAGCAACUGGUAUUCUCCUUGGGUUCAGGCAUCUACACUGCACCAGGAAUUACAUUCACUUGAACCUUUUCACCUCCUUUAUCCUACGUGCUGUAUCCAUUUUCAUUAAGGACUCCAUGUUAACUUGGAUGUACAAGACAGCCCCGCGUGAAAAGCAGUGGGACACAGUAAUCUCCUAUCAGGAGUCGCUUAGCUGCCGCUUGAUCUUUGUGAUGAUGCAGUAUUGUGUGACUGCAAACUACUAUUGGCUGUUGGUGGAAGGAAUGUAUCUGUAUACGCUGCUAGCACUAUCAGUAUUUUCUGAGCAGAGAAUCUUCCGGCUUUAUCUUUGCAUUGGCUGGGGUGUGCCAAUGCUGUUUGUUAUCCUCUGGGGAAUUGUCAAGUACCUUUAUGAAGAUGAGGGCUGCUGGAAUAAGAACAUUAACAUGAACUACUGGUUGAUCAUUAGGCUGCCCAUUCUUGUUGCUAUUGUGGUAAAUUUCCUGAUCUUUAUCAGAGUUAUAUGCAUUAUCAUUUCUAAGCUGCAAGCCAAUCUGCUGCGCAAAACUGACAUAAAAUGCAGGUUGGCCAAAUCUACGUUGACUCUGAUCCCACUGCUUGGAACGCAUGAAAUUGUCUUUGCUUUUGUUACUGAUGAGCACGCAAAAGGGAUGCUGCGUUUUGUGAAGCUCUUUUUUGAACUCUCCUCCUCUUCCUUUCAGGGUCUUCUGAUUGCAGUUCUCUACUGUUUUAACAACAAUGAGGUUCGGAUGGAAUUUCAGAAAAGCUGGGAACGCUGGAGACUGGAACACUUUUAUGUCCAAAGAGACAGCAGUAUGAAGCCACUCAAGUAUCCAGCCAACAGCAUAAGCAGUGGAGGUACCAUUGGGAGCACAGUCUAUGCUGCCACUUGCCAGGCUACAUUUAGCUAAAAUUUCUA